AUGAAGAGUUUAGCCAAGGCACAAUUAGAAAGGGAGAAUUCACCUUCUUUAACAUCAGAAAUCCCAAAAUCUCACCCUUGGUCUUGCGGUCUCUUGGAUCGAGUUGCGACACCUAACAAAAUACCCGAUAAAUCUCUUGAUAAUUCCGCUUCACCUAACAAAUCUUUUCAUCUAUUAAAAUUUAAAUUAAUCAAAGCUCAAUUGUUCAAUGAUUAUAAGAAAAUCGCCGAAAUUUCAACCGAUAUGCUAGCAAUCCAUCCAAAUAGUUAUGCAAUUAGGUAUAUUCGCGCUGAUGCUUAUCGCGUUCUGUUGGAAUAUAAAAAAGCAAAACUAGAUCUCGAUCAUGUAAUUUCCCUAAAACCAAAAAAACAAGAGGCAAUCUGUUUUAGAGGUGUCAUGCAAUGUUUUCUUCGAAAUUUCGAUGAAGCAUUAGAUGACCUAAAUAAAGCCAUUUUAAUGGAUGAGACCGAUGGCUAUGCUUACAAAUGGAGAGGUUAUUGUCAUUAUAGAUUGCAACAUUACAAUCAAGCUCUGGAUGACACUAAUAAAGCUAUUAGUUAUGGUGUAAAUGAUGCUUUGGUUUACAUCAAUCGAGCUGAUAUUUAUCGUGAACUUAAAAAAUUUAACAGAGGGAUGGCCGACAUAAAAAAGGCCCUGAAAUUCGAGUUAACCAAAGCCGAAAAAGCUAACGUAAUCGGUAAUCGUGGAGUCAUAUUUAUGAAUGCUAGGCGUUAUGAAGAGGCUGUCGAGGAUUUUACAAAGGCACUGAAAUUACAACCCGAUAAUGCAACUGUUCUUCGAAAUCGAAGUAGCGCUUAUCGCAUGUUAAAGAAAAUGGAUAAUGCUGUAGAGGAUUUGGAACGUGCAUGUCUCAUUGAUCCGGGCAAUCUUUAUCAAUAUGGAAUACGUGGAGCUUUAUAUAUGGAAUUAAGAAGGUGGAGCGAUGCAAUAACAAAUUUCGAUUUGGCCGUACGAUAUCAUCCAAAGAGUGUCACCCCUUAUUCUAAUCGUGGCGAAAUAUUGUUUAAGCUAAGAAGGUACAAUGAAGCUUAUCUCGACAUUAAAAAGGCCUUAGAAAUUGAUCCUCAACACGUGGUUUCUCUUCAGCAAAUGAUAGAUACUUGUCGAAGGAUGGGCGAUUAUCCAAGAGCUUUAUCGACGGCAAACAAAGCCUUGAUUUUACAUCCCAAAAAUAAAAAUACCUUGAUACUUCGUUCUGAAAUCUAUUAUCAUCAGAAUUCCUUUAAACAAGCUGUCAAGGAUUUAGAUGACGCUAUCAAACUUUCUCCAAAAGCAUGCUCACCACUUUGCUGCCGGUCCGAAGUACAUUCUAAACUGAAAAAUUAUGAUUUGGCUUUAGCCGACAUCAAUCAGGCGUUGACAAUUCGAGCAUCAAAUCCUUUUGCUUAUGAGAUACGUGGCAAUACCUAUCGUAAACUUGGAAAGCAUUGCGAAGCUUUAAAUGAUUUUAAUAAAUCUUUAGAGUUGUUACCAUUAAAUGCCACUUAUCUUAAUUCAGAUGAUCAUAACAUCAGGGCCAAACGAAAUCAUUCAGGAUACGAUGAAGGGUUCACUUUAAUCUUUAAAAUGCAAGGAGAACGAAAUUUUGCAAGUAUUUAUGCAAGGCGUGGAGCAACAUUAUUAGCGUUGGAUCGUUAUGAAGAGGCAUUAUCGGAUCUGAACCAAGCAUUAGCGUUACAAUCUGAGCAUUUACUUGCAUUAAAGAAGCGAGCAUGCGUUUAUCAAAAGAUGGGUAAAUUAGAUUUAGCGUUAGACGAUAUUAAUAGAUUUUUGGAGCUGAGGAAAAAAUACAAUAUAACUGGAUUCCGUAAAUCAGAUAGCACUUCCGGAAUUCGAAUUCGUGACAGCAUAGUAGAAUCCGCGAAAUCUUGA